CUCCUACGCAUGCCCUACGCAAAGCACUGACAAAUGACAUGACACUUUAUAUGACAGUAUGACGUAUGACACUUACAAGACAAGAACAAGAAGAAUCGCAACGAUUUCUUCUACGCGUCUGUAAAAAGUGAGCGUUAACCUACGGAGUAAAAAAAGUUCUCUUCUUUAAAUUGAGAAGAUGAAAUCAGAAGUAGAACACGAAGAAAAUGAAGAAUUUCAACAAUAUUAUGAAAGGAAUAUGCUAACUUGUUUUGGUUGCAACUUUGAAACUGAAAAUAUUGAUGAACUUGAUGAACACAUUCUUAUUAACCACGAUGGUGAUGAAACUGAACCCGUUGAGCAAAAAUAUCAAAUCGUUGCGGAUGAGGAAGAGGAAGAAGUUUCAGCGAAAAACUCGAAAUAUAUGAAUAAACAAGUUAAAACAACUACUAGGGUAGAUAUACCUAAUAGAAAAAUACCAAGAGGGAAAAUUAUCAUCAGACCCCGAGAAACGAAGUUUGAAAUAUGUAACGAUACUAAAUUCAGUGUAGACGAUGAUGAUGAUUUGGAUCCGUCUCCACCAAAAAGAGCAAAGAGGACACCAGCAGAAGAAAUGAAAUGCCAUUUAUGUCCUUUUAUUACUCAGAAAAAGAGCGUAUUGUCUACUCACAUGCUCAAUCAUUCCGAUGUAAUACCUCCAGUUUAUUUCAAGUGUUCCCAGUGCCCUUAUCAGACUAAAAGGAAAAACGAUAUGCCAAAGCAUAUGUUGGGCCACUGCAGCAAUGUGUCCAUCAUGGACAUUUUUUGGACAUCCUUUGGACUUCUGAACCGGUAUAUCCAUUGGAUAACAGAAAAUGGAUGUCCAGUGGACAUCCACAUGAAGUUCAUGGACAUCCAGGAUAUUAUUUGGACAAAAUAUGGACGUCCAAUGGACGUCGUGUGCUGUAUGGGAUAUAGUAUGUAACCUUGUUUCAAGAAGGAUUUAAUGGAGACUGAUAAGCCUAAUACAAACAAUAAAUCUCUUUUCACAAACAUCAACUAUAGUCUAUUUUUAUGUAUGAGAGAGUAUUAAAAUAAUAAAGCGUUCAUAAUCCAUAGGCGUAUCACUUCUUUUAGUAGACAAUUAAAAUAUUUUUUGAAGUUAUUCCUCGAGUAUACACUUAUAUUUUCACCUAAUUAACCUG